AUGUCAACAUCAGAGAACACAACAACUGCUAUCGUUCAUGAAGACAUAAAUGAAGAAUAUGAGUACAUACAAUAUAACAAACAGUUACGUCUCAUUCGUUCGGUCAAAGACGACAUGUACCAAAUGCAAAGUAUUUUGAAUGCUCUUCGUUCUACAAAGCAAGCAUAUCAUUGGUUUGAAAACCAACAGACAAAAGAACUUUUAGAAGAAUUUCCUCAUAUGUUUGCUACCCUCGGAAAACCGAGGGUAGAGAUUCCGUACGAAAAUCGUGAAAAAAUGACCAAAUUUCAUGAAUUUCCUCAUAUGUUUGCGACCCGAGGAAAACCGAGGAACGAGAUUCCGUACGAAAAUCGUGAAAAAAUGACCAAAUUUCAUGAAUUUCCUUAA